AUGAUUGCGGAGCCUCAUAGCUUUUCCACGGGCACCCGGCCACGCCGGCAGUCGCGAUUGCCCCUCUUUCACGAACUCUUCGUCCCGUCAUUGUCACCGCUGUCACCAUCAUCAGCGCCAUCUUUCUCCGCAUCUAAGCCGCCAAACCGUUUUCUAGUGCGCAACGUCCGUGUGGAUCCUCCGCUGGGUGUGUCGACGGAUGCCCCACUAUUUAAUCAGACCGGGACGGAGGAUGACGCCAGUCCGCUCGGAUGGCUCUGUCACAAUCUUCGGCUGCUGGAAGAGGGGGAGAACGCGCGGGAGAAGCGUAGGGCGAGUAUGCCAGAGGGAAGUCCACAGUGGCCGCGCUACAUGUUUUCCCCUUUUUGCUGUGGCUAUAUCUACGAUCCUUCAAACGACUCUAAGCUCGCGUUUGUUACCCCGGACAACUACUGUCACUUGUGCCAUGAACCUGUGGAUGUGGCGAUUCGACACUGCGCCUGGUGGGACCACGUGACACGGCUGGUCGCUAUUCGUUUGAUUGCGAUUCAUCCCCGUCGCUGGGAUUCUGCCACACUUUUACAUGAGGCGAAAGGGCUGCUCCCCGCCGCUGUUAUGGCGGAGCCCCGACCCCAUCCUUUUCUGCCUCUCUCAGCAACGGUGGACCCUGAUGACUCCUCUUUGAUGGACAUGCGUUCGUGUUACGUAUUUGAGAGGGAGUCAGUUGUACGGCGAGCCGAGUUGGCAGCAAUCCUGCGCGUCCUGUGUGACGCAAAUGACGCGGACAGCUGCAGUGAUGCGGAGCAGCGUCGCCAGUCGAUCGUGCCUGUGCUGCGGGAGUCAUUGGUGCUCUCACCGAAUGGGAGCCCUGCAGCUAACUUGGGGGAACGAACCUUUCGGGCGUACAUUAGCCGGCAAAUGAGUGUGGCGCUACCGCCCAUGGCGCCGGAGCCCACGACGCGGAUACAGCAGCGUUGUUGGGGGCGGAAAAACCUGGAGAUCAUGUUUGACCUUCUUGGGGUGGCCUCCCUGCAGCGCCUUGUUGGGGCGCCUAGUGUGGCGGAGACAAAGAACGAAAAAGCGACAGUUCUUCGGCAGGUCAUCUACGAACUGGCGACGGCUCUCUCAGAGGGUGAUGUGGUUUGCGCAGAGACACCAUAUGCUGGGCUAAAUUGCACACCAUCAACCGAUGCAAAAGUGCAGACUCGUUUGCUCGUGGAAAUGGCGCUGCAACGCCUUGCACAUGAGUUGAUUCACCUCCACACGAUGCUGCUGAUGGAUCAGGUCUACGAGACUUAUGCGAAAUUGGGGUACCCGAGCGAGGGGAUGCUGGAGAAGAGUGGCUUUUGCUGA